AUUUUUUACUCCACAUAUCCUCUCGCCUCCCGGAGAGAAUUGGCGAUGGCAGCUCAGCUUUCUGGUGUCUGGCUUCACAGCCCAACCGUCUCACUCGCCGGAAACUUACUCCACUUCCGUCACAAUCGUUCUCCGUCCGCCUCUCUGCCCGCCGCACAUCCUUCCACCAUCCAGAUUGUUGGUGGAAAAAAUAUGGGAUGGAAUGGAAUGGAGAACUCCAAACUGGAUAUUGACCCCGGAGAGUUCGAUUGGGCGGAAUUGGAAGCUGAUAUUUGCCACUGGACGAAGGCAUUACGUCCCGUUCAGUGGUAUCCUGGUCACAUUGGAAAAACCGAAAAAGAACUCAAGGACCAGCUCAAAUUGAUGGAUGUUGUGAUAGAAGUUCGAGAUGCUAGAAUACCCUUGGCCACCAGCCAUCCACAGAUGGAUUUAUGGUUGGGGAAUAGGAAGAGGAUUAUCGUUUUGAAUCGAGAAGACAUGAUAUCCGCAUCUGAUCGAAAUGCUUGGGCUAGUUAUUAUGCCAGGCAGGGGACGAAAGUUAUCUUUGCCAAUGGACAGCUCGGAAUGGGAAGCCUGAAGCUAACUAGGUUAGCAAAGGCAUUGGCCGACGGAGUAAACAUCAAGCGCAAAUCCAAAGGACUACUUCCCCGUCCUGUUCGUGCUGGAAUAGUAGGAUAUCCGAAUGUUGGUAAAUCAUCUCUGAUAAACCGGUUGCUUAAGCGUCGGAUGUGUCCUGCAGCUCCAAGGCCAGGUGUUACGAGGGAGCUAAAGUGGGUUCGAUUUGGAAAGGACUUGGAAUUGUUGGAUUCUCCUGGUAUAAUUCCGAUGAGGAUCAACGAUCAAUCAGCUGCUAUUAAACUUGCCAUAUGUGACGACAUUGGAGAGAGGUCUUAUGACUUUUCUGAAGUUGCAGCAAUUCUCGUGCAGAUUUUGGCACGCCUUCCAGCAGUAGGUAACAAAGCUCUUUACAACCGCUACAAGAUCGAGGCAGAUGGUCGGGCUGGUAGAAAUUUUGUCGAGAAGCUUGCUCUUAAGUUAUUCAACGGAGACACUCACCAAGCAGCAUUUCGUAUUUUGUCGGACUUCCGUAAAGGAAGAUUUGGUUGGUCAGCCCUAGAGAGGCCUUCAAACUAGUUUUAAUUUUGCAACCAAUUAAGAAAAUACGGUGCCGCCACAUAUUGCUCCGAUCCUGUGGAGAUGAUGAACACUAUCUUUAAGGAGGACCCUUUUCUGUCUUUUUUUUUUUUGGGAAUAUUCUUAUUCGAACUCGUGUAACAAAAGUCCUAGGUACGAGGAGCUUACCACGGCUUACUUCGAAUGUGUACAACUUGCACAACUAGUGUGGCUCAAUGAGGGUGUUCAAGUUUCUGUAUAUAAAUAUUUUGUACGGCCUAUCCUAAUUUUUUUUUUACGGAUAUUUCACUGUAACAGUGUAUAGUUGGAUUUGGGUCAGCAUGCUACUUGUUCAGAUAU